UCAACUUCUUUUCUUUCAAAUCUUUCUCCUUCCCGUGCGGAUGACGAAUGGUUCAAGAUGUGACAAAAGUUCCCGGUUAAACUUACUUUUACUUCAACCUUUCACUGCUACAGUUUAAAUAUUUUUGUAACCGUUUCUUAAUCUUAAAAUAUUAAUGUAUAUUAUUGAGCUACUCUUUUCAUCCUAAUCAUGACCAAUGGUUAACCUGUUAAAUACAUUUUACUGGACACAGUCCAAUAGUGGUGUCUUCUAUUGUGCUAUCAAACAACGGACCGUAAUAAAGUCAUUAUUAACCAACACACUGUGAUCGCAUUGGGACUAUCGCACCUUUUACCCGACAUUUUCUAGAUUUGCUAAUCUAACAAAUUAUCCGAGUCUUGUUCCUAUCCACCAUCUUUUUGCGUUGGUUACUUCCAAAUCUUACCUUCUUUUUUUAUGUUUUUCAAAACAAAAAUGCAUUUUAAUACAAUGUUGAACUCUCAUUCCUGUGUCAUCUACACUUAUUUAUGGAUAUUAAUUUUAUAUUUAGCCAUCUUAAUCAAUCCGUUGUCAUCCAUUAUUAUUAACAAUAAUAAUUGUACGUUCACCAAUCCGUUGACAAAUCACACUAGACGUAUGCAAUGUGCCUCACCAAUCAAUUCAACGGAGCUCUUGGUCGCUAGUGGCUCAGAAGUGUUUGGAGCUAAUCUGGAUGAUGCCUAUUUAGCUGAAAUGGAGAAACAAUAUUUAAGCUCUGAACCAUUCAAUCAAUUGAUUAGGACGUGCCAUAAUGGAUAUGAUAACGAGUAUUCCCAAUCACUUGGCAGUUAUAGCAAAAUUCAAGAAGCUAUCACAGCAGUUAUACCUUCAAUUUAUCUUUACAUUGGCUCAGACACAAUGGUCUACCGUACAGUUCCUGGAGCAUUGGAAACAAGUCGAUUUGUCGCUCAGUUGGCUCAUGAAAGUGAAUUUUUUACCCUCAUCACUGAAUAUCUACUCAAAACUCAUUGUGCCACCAAACUUGACUCUGCAAUGAAAUUUCCUAAGCUCAAGGUAAAAGGCAAAUUAACUGAAGGCCAAGUUAACAAAUUUGCUGUCAAUAGUUGUGGUUACCGUAAGGAUCAGCUACAAUUUGGAUGUAAUCCAGCCAGCAAAUUUCCCGCUUACGAUGGAUCGUGUAAUAAUCUUAACAAACCCAGUCUGGGAAUGGCUUAUUCAUGUCACCGGCGAUUAAUCCCUCCAGAUUAUGGUGACGGUGUUAAAAGCUUGAGACUCUCAGUGAGCGGACAACCUUUACCGAAUGCCAGAUUAAUAUCUAAUGAAAUUUUACCCUCAGUCGAUGAGGUUGACCCCGAAUUGACUCAAAUGAACAUGCAAUGGGGACAAUUUAUGGUUCAUGACAUGGUUCGCACACCAAUUACCCUAGGAAACACACCAGAGUGUUGCCCACCUUCAACCCUGAACCACCCUGAAUGUGUAACAAUAGCUCCUUUACCCAAGGGUGACUCUUUAACUUCCAUAUUUAACCAAACCUGUCUAAGAAAUACUCGAACUUCACCUUGUCCAAAGUGUAAAUUAGGACCUCGUGAACAACUCAAUGCUGCUCCUCAUGCUUUGGAUUUAUCCAAUAUUUAUGGUUAUACUUAUCAAGAUAAUUUGGGUUUACGUUCAUUCAGAGGAGGCAAACUAAUGACGGGAUUAGAUGAACGAGGAGGUGAAAUAAUGACCACUGCAGAAGGAAAUUUCGAUCCAUUAGCUAUCCAAGCAUGUAACAUUCCACCACAAUUUCCGACUUUUCUCUGCUUUAAAACUGGAGAUGGUAUUAGAGGCAAUCAACAUCCAGCUUUAACGGCACUUCAAACAAUAAUGAUUCGUCGACACAAUCAACAUGCUGAAGCAUUAUCAGUAGUUAAUCCUCAUUGGACGGAUGAGACUCUCUUCUGGGAAGCUCGUCGUUUGUUGAUGGCUGAGUACAAUCAUAUCAGUUUUGCUGAAUACUUUCCAACUUUAUUUGAUCCGGAUAUAUUGGCCUAUUUCAAUUUAAAUCCAGUUAAGUCAGGCUAUUCCAAAUACGAACCAGAAACUGAUUUUUCAACAAUCCAAGAAUGGGCCACUGCUGCUGGACGGUUCGGACAUUCACAGAUAAAUAAUAUAUUCAUGGUGAAAAAUGGACGUGAUUCAAAAGAUUCCUUCCCAUUCAGAUUGAAAGACGUCUUCUUUGAAAUGUCACUAAUCCAUUUAGGGCAAACUGAUGGAAUUAUCAGAGGAUUGAUAUCUGAACCUGCAUUCGAAGUCGAUCCAUUUUUUGUUGUUGACGUUAAAGAUUUUCUUUAUCAAAAUCCUAAUCGUACAACUGGUCUCGAUUUGAUGGUAGCUAACAUUAUGAGAGGUCGUGAUCACGGAAUUCCAGGCUAUGUUAACUAUUUAGAUUAUUGUUUUGGUUAUAAAGUUAAUGACUGGUCUGAUCUUUAUGAAUAUAUACCGCAAACUCAAGUUCAUAAUCUCCAGCGAGUAUACAAUUCAUCGUUGAAGCAAUCAAUCUCAACAUCAGAUAGGAUGUUCGGGAUAUUGAUCUAUUUUGGUGGAGUUUCAGAACGAAGGGUUCCUGGUAACGCUAUGGGUCCAACUUUCUCAUGUAUCAAUGGUAUUCAAUGGUACCACUCAAAGUUCGGCGAUCGUUACUUUUACGAACAUGGAGGAGAAGCUGGUUCAUUUACUCCAGAACAAUUAGCUAAUAUUAAGAAAACAACGACAUUGGCUCGUAUUAUUUGUAAAACAACAAAGACUGAUUAUAUAUCCAAACAUGUAUUCCGACUUCCUUUGGCUGAUAAUCCAAGUGUUCCAUGCCGCGAUUUCCCUGAAAUUGAUUACUACCUUUGGGCUGAUCCACACAAAGCUUAAUUUUAAAAAUUGAAUCACUUCUAUUUUACCAUAUUUGUAUUUUUUUACUCUUUGAUAUCAAUUGAAUUGUAAUAUUGCUCUUUUUGACAUUUAAAUACUGUUAAAAAUUUA